UCUCUUCAUGAAGAUAUAGCCUAGACAAUUACAUCCACCCUUGUGCUUAUUGCAGAGUCUCGUUUUUUGGGGGGGUUUAAUGUACCACGAGUGAGAGACGCGUCAAAUUGAACACCGAUAGCUUUUACUCCACCAUCCCUCUGUCUACAUUUUUGACCAGGUUAGAUAACUUUUGUCUUUAGUCGAUCCCUGCUUGUUGAUUUUACUUUUUAAAUCCAAAAGAAAAAAUAUUUUGACUAAAUAACAAGCCUUUAGGAGCCAGUUCUCGCCUUUGGUUUCCUUCCUCGAACAAUCUUCUGCCGAGCACCACCUUCGCAGCGAUGGAGACCCCCACAAAGCUACCUCCGUCGAGCCCAUCAUCGCCGACCACGGGCUUCUCUGUACCAAGCGCAGAGAAAGUAGACGGCUUCCCCCGCCGCUCGAUGCGCCGUGCCCGGCAGCGACGGUCCCACAGCUCCUCACAGUUCCGCUAUCAGAGCUCCCAGGUGGAGCUCACGCCGCUGCCCUUACUUAAAGAUGCGCCAGUGGCAGAACUUCAUGACUUGUUCUGUAAGAAGCUGCAGCAGUGUUGUGUGCUUUUUGACUUUCUGGACUGUGUCGCCGACUUGAAGGGGAAAGAGAUCAAACGUGCUGCGCUGAACGAGCUUGUGGAGAGCGUGGCCACCAGUCGCGGAGUCCUCAUCGAACCCCUGUACCCAGAGGCUAUUAAGAUGAUCUCAGUGAACAUUUUUCGAACCCUCCCACCCAGUGAGAACCCUGAGUUUGACCCUGAGGAGGAUGAACCAGCUCUGGAAGCCUCCUGGCCUCACUUACAGUUGGUGUAUGAAUUCUUUUUACGCUUUCUUGAGAGUCCAGAUUUCCAGCCUUCUCUUGCCAAGCGCUACGUGGACCAGAAGUUUGUUCUACAGCUGCUGGAGUUAUUUGACAGCGAAGACCCCAGAGAGAGAGAAUAUCUGAAGACUAUCCUGCACCGCGUCUAUGGCAAACUUCUGGGCUUGAGGGCCUACAUCCGCAAACAGAUCAACAAUAUCUUCCUCAGGUUCAUCUAUGAAACUGAGCGUUUCAAUGGAGUUGCUGAGCUUUUGGAAAUUUUGGGAAGUAUCAUAAAUGGCUUUGCUCUGCCUCUCAAAUCAGAGCACAAGCAGUUCCUGGUGAGGGUCCUGAUCCCCCUGCACACUGCCAAGUCUCUCUCCAUUUUUCAUGCGCAGCUGGCUUACUGUGUGGUGCAAUUCAUGGAGAAGGAUGCCACCGUUACAGAACAUAUCAUCAGGGGGCUGCUGAGAUACUGGCCUAAAACAUGCACUCAGAAAGAGGUGAUGUUCCUGGGGGAGAUCGAGGAGAUUCUGGACGUGAUUGAACCAUCUCAGUUUAUCCGUGUGCAGGAGCCUCUAUUCAAACAGAUUGCUGCCUGCAUCUCCAGUCCUCAUUUCCAGGUUGCAGAGCGGGCUCUGUAUUUCUGGAAUAAUGAGUACAUUCUGAGUCUAAUAGAGGAGAACUGCCAGGUCAUCCUGCCUCUGGUCUUUGGCACGCUGUACAGAGUUUCCAAAGAGCACUGGAACCAGACGAUCAUCUCUCUUAUUUACAAUGUGCUGAAGACGUUCAUGGAGAUGAACAGCAAGCUCUUUGAUGAUCUCACUUCCUCCUACAAAGUGGAGAAACAGAAGGAGCUGAAGAAAGAGAAGGAGCGAGCGGAGCUGUGGAGGAACUUGGAGGAUCUGCAGGAGCGGCGGCUGCAGAGUCUGACCGAGGCCAGCAGAAACCAGAAGAACCUGCAGGAGAGAGAGAGCACAACCAAGAGCCAGUCAGAGACCAGUGCUGCCAACACCACCUAAAAACCGCACGCAAACACACACCGACACACACACACACAAUGUCACAGCACUGUAAAACACAAUAAUUACCUGACUUGGGAACCAAUCAAUGCCUCAAUCUCCGUCUGAAAACACACACACGCACACACCAUGCAGACACUACUGUCACAAGCACAUGAACGACAGCCUGUCCAUAUGUAGAUAUCUGAAAAACACUGAAGCACACAUCACACACAACGAGUGAGAUAUAAAAGAGAAAAAAAUGAGUUCCUCUCACAUGCGUCCUACUCUUUCAUAUGCUUCAUACACGCUUUUCACACACCUGCCUCUCUGCAUCUUUUCUUUCUAUUCCUCAUGCUCCGGGAUCAUCAACCUCAACAUGCGUAACAUACCUGCGUGGGGUGAAACGAAUGUACACACUCGCAAUCAAACACGUACAUCCUUCAUUACUGUCAUUUCAGUACUGGCUCAGUUUCUCUCGGGCCCGAUCCGAGCCCCCCGUCAAUCGACCAAUAGACUCUGCAUACAGUCAAACGCUGAAGAGGAAUGAAUUAUGAUGAUCCUAAAGAUGAAAAUUCUUUAAAAGUACAGAUUCUAAUGUUCCUACUUCUACGGCUUAUUCUAUGAGUACUACUUCUAUGCUAAUAUAACUGAUGUUUAUAUAUAUAUAUAUAUAUAUAUAUAUAUAAAUAUGAUAUCCAUGUCUGAUUAUAGUGUUGGUGGGGGUAUUCUAGUGUAGCACCUCAUAAACAUGACUGAAGUAUGCUGCUAGGUAAAACUAAACUUGCUCUGAAGUGACAACACUUUUAGUCUGUUCUCAUGUCUGUUCAUUUGUUUUAAAUAAUGGUGUGUC